CACACACUCACAUAUACACACAGACACGAGUGUGGGCAUGCGUGCAUACACAUAACACAUUCAUAUAGGGGAGGGAAGCUUCUGGGUCCCAGAGCCGAAGGGGCAGGGAAGUGUGGUGAGCGCCGGUGAGUGCCAGCAGCCUGCGCCCCAUCUGCCCACUCAGUGGACGCCCUUGAGCUGCCUGCCCCUUGCGAGACUUAAGCGGACCUCGCCUCAGAAUUCACUCCCACGAACUCUGAACAGGACCCACCAUGCAGUGCUACAGUUUCAUCAAGACCAUGAUGAUCAUCUUCAAUAUGCUCAUCUUUCUCUGUGGCGUGGUCCUGUUGGCAGUGGGCAUCUGGGUGUCCGUCGAUGGGUCGUCCUUCCUGAAGAUCUUCGGGCCGCACUCGUCCAGUGCCAUGCAGUUUGUCAACGUGGGCUACUUCCUCAUUGCAGCUGGCGCUGUGCUCUUUUUUCUUGGAUUCCUGGGCUGUUAUGGGGCUCAAUCUGAGAACAAGUGUGCCCUCAUGAUGUUCUUCUUCAUCCUCCUCCUCAUCUUCAUCGCUGAGGUUGCUGUUGCCGUGGUCGCCUUGGUAUACACCACAAUGGCUGAGCAGUUCCUCAAGCUACUGAUAGUGCCCACCAUCAAGAAUGACUAUGGUUCCCAAAAAGACUUCACGGAAGUCUGGAACACCACCAUGAAAGCGUUCAAGUGCUGUGGCUUCAACAACUACACGGAUUUUGAGGAGUCCCCUUACUUCCAAAAGCAUGAUAGUUUCCCCCCAUUCUGUUGCCUCAACAACAAUGGCACAUCCACCACGGAGCCCUGCACCAAGGAAAAGGCUGAGGAGCAGCAAGUACAGGGUUGCUUCAAACAGCUGCUGACUGACAUUCGAACCAAUGCAGUAACUGUGGGUGGUGUAGCAGCUGGCAUUGGGGGCCUGGAGCUGGCAGCCAUGAUUGUGUCCAUGUAUCUGUACUGCAACUUGAAAUAAGUCUGCUUCUGCCUCCGCUGCUGCCACUGAACGAGACCUGAGAACUCUGGUGCUGUUACGCAGCAGUGAUGGGGGUAUGCAAGAUCUAACAGUGUCUUGGACUGGAGGUUUCCUCUUGUUGCUCUGGACUUGGGCCCCCAAAGGGGAUUACCCCCCACCCUGCCCCCAAUCAGGCUGUUCCUGACUUUUCCUUCCAUAAUGGGGUUGGGGGUCCCUCUGGUUCAGAGCCUCGGUUGAGCCAGUUUUCCCAGCCAAUUCUCCCACCUGUUCCUUAGUCUUGAUACCCACACCCCACCCCACCCAGGCCUAGGGGCGCUCUCAGGGAUCCCAGCGUCUGCUGGGGGAUGAGAGAAAGGCACUCUGUAGCCUGGAUCCAUGCAUCAGCAGUCACAGGGUGGAUGUGUAAGAACUUCAGAACUCGUAAGCCAAUAAAAAUAAAAUAUUUCCAUUUA